CGAUAGAAUUUGCCAAAUGGACUUCCAUUUUCAACCUCCCAAAAGCCACUUAGCCAAUAGAAUUAGAGAUUAUGAUCCUCAAAGAUAAGGGUUUUUCCCAUUUAUAUAGCUGGAGGGCUCCCCAUGAAACGCAGACCACAAACUUUCUAAAUCCCAAUUUAACCCCCCAAGGUUUCCUUCUUAUUUCCGAAAUGGCCAUGGCUCUCUCUUCCUCCUCCUUCGCCGGGCGGGCGGUGAAGGCCCCCUCGCCCGCCGCGGCAGCCGCCCGCGUCGCCCCCAAGAUCACCAUGAGGAGGACCACUUCGAAGUCCUUCUCCAGAUCUGCCCCCUCCGGCAGCCCCUGGUACGGGCCGGACCGGGUCAAGUACCUGGGCCCGUUCUCCGGCGAGGCUCCCAGCUAUCUCACCGGCGAGUUCCCCGGCGAUUACGGAUGGGACACCGCCGGACUCUCCGCCGAUCCGGAGACCUUCGCGAGGAACAGGGAGCUGGAGGUGAUCCAUGCCCGGUGGGCCAUGCUGGGCGCUCUGGGUUGCAUCUUCCCGGAGCUCCUUUCCCGGAACGGCGUGAAGUUCGGCGAGGCGGUCUGGUUCAAGGCCGGAGCUCAGAUCUUCAGCGAGGGAGGCCUGGAUUACCUGGGGAACCCGAGCCUGAUCCACGCACAGAGCAUCUUAGCGAUCUGGGCAGUCCAGGUGAUCCUGAUGGGCGCGGUGGAGGGGUACCGGGUCGCCGGCGGGCCGCUCGGCGAGGUCAACGACCCGCUCUACCCGGGCGGGAGCUUCGACCCGUUGGGCCUGGCGGAAGACCCGGAGGCGUUCGCGGAGCUGAAGGUGAAGGAGAUCAAGAAUGGGAGGCUGGCGAUGUUCUCCAUGUUCGGGUUCUUCGUUCAGGCCAUCGUCACCGGAAAAGGGCCGCUGGAGAAUCUCUCCGACCAUCUCGCCGAUCCGGUGAACAAUAACGCCUGGGCAUUUGCCACUAACUUUGUUCCUGGGAAUUGAAUCAGAGCUGAUGAAAUGUACUUUCAUUUUCUCCUAAUGUUUUUUUCUUAGCUCUAUGUGUAACAAUUUCGUGAAUUGCUUUUUAAAUAUUUGUGAAUUUCUAUGUCAUGCCUUUUAUUUUAAAAUUGAUGAGAUUCCCUUCAAAACUCUAAAAAAUGAGUUUUUAAUUU